GUUGUAUCGGAUUUAUAUUCGACGGAUAACUAUUUUCGUUUAGCCUAAUUGAAUUACACUUUUCUUGAAAACCAUCUUUAUGGGCCGCAUGCAAGUAUAUUAACGAUUGGAGUUAACAUAUGCAUGAGGUUUAAAGUGCAUUGCUUAUGUCCAUUGCGUAAACAACAUACUGGAUAUUAUGAUCAUCCUGUGAAUAUAUCAUGGCAAACAGUGAGAACACCGGAUUGUCGAAAGCUGCAACUGCUGGAACUAUUUUUGGUACUGGAAUAUUGAGUUGUGGACGUGUAGACAAGCGUACCUUUUUAAGUGCUCUCCUGGGUGCUGGACUAGGAUUCGCACUAGGGAUCCUUUCACAUGGUCUGUUAAAUGGUUUAUUACUAUUCUUGAAACGUGAUAAACAGAGUGAACAAUUGCGUCAUAUGACUGAACAGUUAGCCAGUGUUAGAGCGGAACUGUCGGAAUUGCGUAAUGAAUUAUAUAAUACUCACGUAAAGAGUUUAGAUAGCAAAGACAAUGAUGACGUCCCACCAAUUUUUAUAGGCGAUGAUGAAUACGACCUAGAUGAUGAUUACGAAAACUACUUCGAUGUGGAAAAUUUCGGUGAUGACAUGAAUUCCCCAUCGAUGCAGUUCAGUAAAUUUCCAGAGGAAAUUUUAUCGUCGGCAAAUUCAUUUCAAAGUGUUGGUAGUCAUUUAAGCAACAACUCUUCUUAUUGGUCGAUGACAGUUCAAGUUCCGACCGAUGUGCUAGAGGAAAUAGAUAAACUGGCUGAUUAUGCUUUAGGUGAGUAUUCAUCAAGUGACUCACAAAUGAAUCCUAAUGACAAUGAUAUCAAUCCAGGCAUACAAGCUUACGCUAGAUGUUUAGUAUACAUGGAAAAGUAUCGCUAUUGCCCAGAAUUCUUGUGGCGUUUAGCUCGUGCUACCUACAUAGCCAGCGUAGAAGCGCCAUUAGAUGAAGCUGUGUCACAAAAGGAUGAUGCAUCACACGGUCACCAUACCUUAAAUGAUAUUGCUUAUAAAAUGCAAACUCGUCGACAGUUUAUUGAGUCAGGAAUAAAACAUGCACGUCGAGCGUUAAGUCUCGCACAAAGAGCUCCUCCACCACCGCUGGAUAACGAUCCAACAAAACUAGCUCCAAUAUAUAAAUGGUUAGCUAUUUUAGUUGGUGUCUAUUCAUCUUACCUCAGUGCUCAACAAAGAAUACAGUAUGGUUAUGAGUUUAAGGAAUUAAUUGAUACAGCAAUCAAGCUUGACACUUCUGAUGCCCUUUCCUAUUAUCUACGAGGUCGUUGGUGUUAUGAGGUAUGUAACUUGCUGCCAUUCAGGAAAUUCUAUUGCUCAUAAUAAUUUAACUUGUUGAAAGUAGUUUUCUCAUCAUCCGUCGAGAAGGUACAAAUAUUUUAUCGAAGAAAACAGAAUUUCAAACAAACCGAUUUCCUCCCAAAUUUUCCUUGUCACCCCUUUUGAACACUACCUAUGUUGCAUCUCAAACAAUAAAUUCUCAGUCCUUCUUUAUGUUUGGCUACUCUACAUGCAAUAAUAUUUCUCGUUAGUUAGAAGUUUUUGAUAAUACUUCGUGUCUUUACAGCUCUUAAAAAAGCCACAUUAGUACCAUAGAUUAAUGCAGAAGACUUAUUCUUUCUCAAAAAAAAACUAGAUAAUACACUUUAUCUACAGAAUGUUAGAUACAUGCAAUCAGUCAGCUACAAGGUAGGACGUUCAACAGUAUGAAUGACACAUUCUCCUAACUGUUCUUGUUUUUCAUUUUAAUCUUAGGUGUAUAAUGUUUCGUGGAUUGAGCGCCAGAUUGCAUCUAGGUUAUUUGGCAAGCCUCCGACAUCUACCAUUGAGGAAGCUGAGACAGCAUUUGAAAAGGCUGAAGAAUUGCGCCCAAACCACUACGCUGCACUGUACCUGUAUCAAGCUAAAUGUUCUUUGUCUUACUUAGAUUACAAAACAGCACUGUAUAAAUUAAACAAAGCCCGAGGCUUAUUUGGCCAACAUAGAUAUCCUAUACCACACACAGAUAUCGGUUCUGUACAACAAGAAGUAGAUCAACUGUACGACAAGU